AUGAAUGUCCUCUCGAAGGUGGUGUUUUGGCUUUUGGCGGUGGUGAGUGGCAAGCAGGGCAUCACGGAAAAACUAUUAGAGAAGCUAUUUGUCACGAAUGAUUACAAUCCCGACGUGAGGCCAGUUUAUGAUGCAGCAGAGCCAGUUGUUGAUGAUCGGCUAGCCUGGGAUCCGGCAGAAUAUGGGAAUAUCAAGUACUUGCACAUCCCGUCGGACAAUUUGUGGAAACCGGAUCUGGCUAUCUACAACAAUGCCGAUGGUGAUUUUAUUAUUAUGGAAAUGGUCAGAGCAAAAGUAUCGCAUACGGGAGCUGUUGUUUGGAAGCCGCCAAUUAUUGCCAAAACAUUCUGCGAGAUUCUCGUUGCGGACUUUCCCUUCGAUACUCAAAAUUGCACGAUGAAGAUCGGAACUUGGACGCACAGUCAAUUCCACAUUGAUAUCGUCAGCUUUGACGAGGGCUUUCAAGAACUUUCCUGCUGCCAAGAAGGCGACCUUUCCGCUUACGAACAAAAUGGCGAGUGGGAACUCUUGCGAACAGGAUGCUGGAAACAUUAUGUAAAAUACGAUUGUUGUGAAGAAAUUUAUUUGGAUACAACUUUUCAUGUCAUUUUGAAGAGAAGGCCGCUUUAUCUCAUCUUGAAUAUUGUUUUUCCGACGAUUCUCUUUUCGUUAUUGUCAUGUGCCGUAUUCUAUCUUCCAGCCGAUGAGUGUGAAAAGAUUACGCUCUGUAUUUCCGUCUUGCUCUCCCUCGUUGUCUUUCUCCUCGUCAUCGUCGACACAAUUCCCCCAACAGCAUCUGCUGUUCCUAUGCUUGGAAUCUACAUUCUCUUUACCAUGGCGCUCAACAGUUUCUCGAUCGUCCUCACGGUCGUUGUCGAAAACGUCCAUCACCGAGGCCCGGAAACGCACGAAAUGCCAGCCUGGAUGAGAAAGAUCUUUAUUGACUUUCUUCCGAGAGUUCUUUUUCCAUCAACGAUGAAGACGCUGUCGCCUCAUGGGCCGGAAGAACCAACCAUGGCAGGAAUUUUCAAAGGAACUCAGCGAUAUCGUCAAAUCGCGAAACUCACCAGCGGCGAUGACAGUUCCGAUCCAUUGCUACUGAAUUCCGAUGUCCGUCGCGCAAUCAUGGGCGUCGAAUACAUGGCAAAAAGCUUUAAAGAAGAAGAGUACUACAAUCGAUCCCGAGCAGAGUGGAAAUACGUAGCAUUCGUUCUCGAUCAGCUUUUGCUCUACGUUUUCAUAGCGACUUGUCUUCUUGGGUCAAUCGCGAUCUUUGGAACAAACAGCAUCGACCUGCUGAUGGCCGCUUGGCAGACAAAGAAACAAGACGGAUACAUGGACCCGAAGGAGAUUUAUCCGAAUCAAGACAUUUGCUUUCCAUACUUUUCCGAAGACGAUAUGGAGAUCGUUCUAGCAGAACAAGAGCAUUUGAGGGAAAUGAAGCAGCUCCAAGACGAGAUAAACUAUGAACUCACUGGCAGACACUGA